CCCAGGCUCAUCCCAGGUGCGGGAAAAGAGAGGAAAAGGCAGGAAAAGGCUUAGGCUGGAACGCGUCCCUCGUGCUACCCGCGUGACAUGAUGUAACUUGGAGUCAUACGUAAUUGAUGAUGAAUGAUGUGUGAUUGUAGAUCGAAGAGGGUAUGUACAUAUACCUACCCUCCGCUCCGCUCUCCACUCCAGUCUCCACUCUCCGGUCCGUCUUAGACUCAAGGUUAACACCCUUAUUGCACCUGUACCCACCCUUUAUCGCACUUGUACCCUACCCCUUAUUGCAGUUGUACAAUGUCCACACAACCACAACAACCACAACACACCGACGCCACCGCCCACGGGAACUCGACGGCGACGUCGAUCUCGAAUGCGAUGUCGAAUCCGAGCAACGCAUCGGCUUCGGAUGGAGUAGAAUCAGUGAGGAAAUCAGAACCAGGAUCCAUCGUCGACCAAAGUACCAUCGACCAAAGUAAAGUCCAAGUACCCAGCACUGGUGCAAACCCCAACCCCAAUCCCGAAGUACCGUUCAAAGAACGCGUGAUCGGCGUAGCGAAGAAAACUCGGGGGACGAUUCUUAACAAGCCCGAAGUGAAAGAACACGGAGAACGAAUCCUCCAAGGGAGUGCGUCUGUGUAUGAUGCGACGGGUCGGUCGGUCAGCUGAAGAUGAGGAAGGAAGAUGGAAGAUGAACCGCAGGGCUUUUGUGUGUAGAGAAAUCUGUAAUAUUAAUAUGUACUAUGUACUAUACCGUUGAGACCUACCGUACUAUGGAACCCGGUAAAGUCAUAAA